UAUUAUGUCUAUGGAGGGCGCCAUAGUCUUCAUAUCGCCAUAACAAGACGACGUUUUAACUGUUUGAUUGGGUGUGCUCCGUGUUCUUUCGGGAUAUUUCGAAGCUUAAAGUUUCUUUCUGGUACUUGAUAUAUAAUCAAGUAAAAUCUUUGGUGUAUAGUGCCGUUUCUGUUGGUUUUUAGUAGAUUUCCUGUUAGCAGUUGUUGAGAGUCGUUAGGGUGCGGCUCCUAGACUGCAAACACUUGCAGGCGCAACCUUUUAGAUUUAUGACCUCAACUAAACGUAUUUAGUUGUUAUUGGAACCAACAGCAGUAUGAUGAACUCUGUUCAAGGCAUUUUGUUAUUACUUGUUUGCGAUGUGAUUGGUGCUGUGAAUGAUGAAGUGAAGUCAAUGUCAGUGUAUGAGGGUGAAUCUGUUACUCUACACACUGAUACUAAUUUACUGGAAAAGGACAAGAUACUGUGGAGAUUUGAAGAAAAGGGGUCUUUCAUUCUUCUAUUUGAGAUGAGUAAUUAUAAUAUCAAAUAUGAAGAUUCCAUUGAUGUGAGAUUAAGAGACAGACUGCAGAUAUCAGACACUCAGAGAGGAGAUCUCACCAUCAAGAACAUGAGGGUCAAAUACUCUGGACUCUAUAGAGCAGAGAUCAACACUAAAACUGCAUCACCAAAGAAGACAUUUAAUGUUACUGUCAAAGAAUCUCCUCGUGUUACUGAUGUUGGAGCAAGUGAUGUGAAGUCAGAGUCAGUGAAGGAGGGUGAAUCUGUUACUCUACACACUGAUGAACAAACACAGAAAGGUGAUCUGAUACAGUGGAGGUUUGGAGAUAAAAAUCUUCUCAUUGCUAAAGGUGAUAUGGAGGACAAUAAGAUCUCGGUAUAUGAUGAUGAUGAUGGAAGAUUCAGUGGCAGAUUGAAGCUGAAUGAUCAAACUGGAGAUCUCACCAUCACAAACAUCAUAACCUCAAACGCUGGAGUUUAUAAUCUUAAGAUCAUCAGCAGCAGAGAGACAAAAUACAAGACAUUCAGUGUUUCUCUCAGUGGAGGUGGUCUAUCUCGAUAUUAUAUAGUAGUAAUAAUAUGUAUCCUGUUUAUUGCUGCUCUUGUUGCUGCUCUUGUUGCGUUGUGGUAUCGGCGCAGGAGCUCUCAGCUAAAGGAGAUAAUUGUGGAGGAGGGAGAAUCUGUCACUUUAUCCACUGCUGAUAUUAAAGGCUUCAUAUUCAGAGAUGCUGUGAUCGAGUGGAUGUAUGGAGAUAAAGGGAUCAUAGCUGAAAUCAAUACAAAUAACAACACAAAAACUACACCUGAUGAAAGAUAUCAAAGCAGACUGGAGCUGAAUAAUAAGACUGGAGAUCUCAUUAUCAAUAAUCUCAAAACCAAACACUCUGGACUUUAUAAACUGAAGAUCACCAGCAGUAAAGGAUGGCCAUUCAGCAUGUUAGGAGCAUCAUAUUAUCAAUUCAAUGUUAUUGUCACAGAGAGGAUUGAACAUGUCAAAUAUGGAGAUUCUGUUACUCUUCACACUGCUGUUAAGGGACUACGGGCAGGUGAUGAGAUACUGUGGAUGUGUGGAGCUGAAAACAUUCACAUAGUUAAAUUCACUGUUGGGACUGAAGGUCCUGUGUUAUAUCCCUAUACUGAUGAUAGAUACAAUGACAGACUACAUAUAAACCCUCAGACCGGAGAUCUGACCAUCAAAGACAUCACACCUAAACACUGUGGACUUUAUAGAGUACAGAUCUGCACCAAUCAAAGGUCCACAUACAGGAGAUUCAAGGUUUCCAUCUUAGUGCCAGCUGAAAAGGGAGGAUCUGUUGGUCUAAUGACUGGAGCACAAAUACAGAGAGGUGAUCGGGUGGAGUGGAGCUUUAGAGAUGAUCCAUUAAAACGUACCUCAUACGAUAAAAUCACUCUGGUAACUGGUGUGAAUGGAGACAGCAACAAGACUUCAUAUACAGAUGAUGAGAGAUUCAGAGACAGACUGAAGAUGAACGCUCAGACUGGAGAUCUCUUCAUCACAGAUAUCAGAGAGACAGAUGAAGGAGUUUAUACAUUACAGCAACACAGCACUGGAGGAAAAAUCACAAACUGGGUAUUCAGUGUUGUAUUCGAUUCAGCAAGAACCUAUAGAAAUGAUCCGGGGGUUGACAUACCUCUGUUGAAAAAAGUUUGAGGAAUUCUCAGCAUCAUGAAUGAUUCAUCACCAACAUCCACAGUAACAAUGUUUUUUACUGUGUUCACAAUCCGUUGUGUUAAAAUAAAAAAAUUAACCCUUUUUAUUUGCAGUUGGGCUCAAGUGAUAAAACUUCUUUAACGUUUAUGACGAGUAGAAACCAACUUUCAUUUAUUUGCCGACUGCACUGAUCAAUGAUCAGAAUCUGUUUAUUUUAUUUUUUUACAUUUAUAUUUUAUAUCUGUUACUCACCUCACAUCAUAUUAACACUUUGACAGUAUUACUUUAAUAUUUGAUGAUGAUGAUAUACAUUACAUACAGUAAGAUGAUCUGUGUGUACACAUGUAGUCUUUCUCUAACCUGACAAUAAUCUGAUUUUCUGUUAAACAUCAAAAACAACUUCAUGUUGAUCUGUGUGUUCAGUAAAGAUGAUAAUCUGUCUUUAUUAUUAUGAAGGAGAUUAUAAAAGUUCAGUGUGGAUUUAAAAUACACAUCAUUGAUAAACAUCUUACGUUAUUUAGUGCCAAUUCAGUUUGAGGUUUUUUAUUAUUGAAGUUCAUAUUAAUUUAAGGUUUUCUUCAUUAUAUUUUUCUACAUUAAGUAGUUAUGCUUAGAUAUUUUUGCUCAAGUAAAUCUGUUCUGUGAUCAGAUCUGAAUGUAAAAUUGUAAAUAUGAAUUCAGACUCUCAGUACAGACACACAAAAAAAACUUUCACAUAGCACUUGACUGACUAACAACUUAUUUUACUUAUAAGAUAACUAAUCUUACUAAACUGCAUGCAUGUUUCUGCUUUAGAUUUGUACUCCAGUAUUAAAUGUCACUUAUAGCUUGUAUGAAUCUUUUCUGCUUGUUAUUAAUCUCAUUUUUAUUUCACUUUACAGUAAAUAAUCGUCUGUUACAUGAAUACAUAUACAUGUAACGGUAUUGAUAAAACUUUGUGUCUGAUUAUUUCAGUUUUCUAUAGUGUGUAAUCGCUGAUUGUUUUGCUUUUAAAUUGUAAAAGA